AGUCGCGUUGCGUCUUGGACACGUUUCUAAAUUCGACAUAAAUUAUGCAACGAUUUUCAUUUAUGUUUUUAUAGAAUAAGAAGUAAUACUUCUCUGAGAUUAUGUGUUAAGUGCAACUAAUUAUAACUUAUUCACAUACAGUCGAGUUAUUUUAAUAGGAACAACUAUGAAGUAACAUAGUUUUCUGAAUGUAGUCAGUGUUUUAGAUAAACAUUAUUAGCAAACAUGAGUUGCCUUUCUAUAUUCGGUGUAAUUAAAAGAAUAAACUUCAAGUUAUCUCACACAGUGGCAAAGAAAUGUGACGUUAGGUGUACUCGAGAGUUUUCAACGCGCGAAUUGCUGAAGGAAGCAUAUUGUCGCACGAAAUUGAAAUGCCGAUCCAAAAAGCUGCCUCAAGAUGUGAAUCCACGGGGUGUGUUUGCCUGCAAUGAGCUGGAUCUGUCGGAAGUGCAGGUGUAUGGAUUUGACUAUGACUACACACUGGCACAUUACAAACCUACCCUGGAGCAUUUACUCUACAAUCUCGGCAGAGAUUUAUUGCUGGAAAAAUAUAAGUAUCCAGCAGAAAUUUUAAAACUAGAGUAUAAACCAAACUUUGCUGUAAGAGGUCUUCAUUAUGAUAUUGAAAAAGGCCUGCUACUGAAGUUGGAUUCAUUCCUCCAAAUACAAUUUGGAGCUGUUUACCGAGGGCUGACACCUGUGUCUACAGAAGAGGUUCUCAAGAUAUACAGGAAUAGGAUUAUUCCUAUAGCUUAUGUGGAAGGUGACAUGAGGGCUCACAAAGCCAACAGGGCGAAGAUGGUGCAUCUAGCAGACUUGUUUUCCGUGCCAGAAAUGGGACUGCUAUGCAAUGUGGCAGAAUAUUUUAUUAGGAACCAUAUUGAUUACCAUCCUGAAAUCCUCUUCUUAGAUGUUAAGAACUCUGUACAAAGCUGUCACCCCAUAAUGCACAAGAUCGUGGCACAGAACGUGGAAGAGUAUAUCAGGCCUAACCCAGACCUCAGAAAGUACUUCCAGAUGUUGCAGCAAUCGGAUAAGAAGUUGUUCCUGGUUACAAACAGUCCGUACCACUUUGUUAACGCGGGCAUGGAAAUGCUGGUGGGCCUGGACUGGCGGGAGUUUUUCGACGUGGUGAUCGUAAACGCGAACAAACCCAAGUUCUUCACGGAGGUGUCACGCCCCAUCCGCGUGUUCGACAAGAACGCCAACACACACAUCUGGGAGAAGGUUACUUCAUUAGAGAAAGGCAUCAUUUAUUAUGAGGGCACAGUGAAGCAGCUACAAGACCUAACGGGCUGGAGCGGUCACCAGGUGCUGUACUUCGGCGACCACCCCUACAGCGACCUCGCCGACGUCACCCUCGAGCACGGCUGGCGGACCGGCGCCAUCAUCAACGAGCUCACGCACGAGAUAAACACGCUGAACACGCAGCAGUUCAAGGAGAACGCGAACUGGCUGCAGAUGCUCACGCAGCUCAUCGAGGACCACCAGGACUACAAGGAGCCCGAGGCUGUUGAGGUCCUUGCGCAGUGGAUGGCGGAGAGGGACUUCCUGAGGAAUGAGAUCAAAGCAGUGUUCAACGCCCAGUUCGGCAGUGUGUUUCGGACUUACCACAACCCCACGUACUUCUCAAGGAGAUUAUUCCGUUUCGCGGAUAUCUACACGUCUAAUAUAAGGAAUCUGCUCAACUACUCAUUAACGCAUACGUUUUAUCCUCGGCGAGGUGUUAUGCCACACGAAUAUGGAUCCUAUUUCGUUUAGAUAGUAGAUUAAUAAGUAUAACUUAUAAUGUAAAGUCAGGUUUGAAAUCAGUUGCACCUUACAUUUUACAGUCAACAAAAAUUACGCAUGUUGAAAGUCAGUUCGAAUUAUGACUAGAUGCAGUACAGUCAUCAUACUCAUCAUCAAUAGUAGCGGAUGAAACAACGCGUCAAAAGUAUCUGCCACCCUGAAUACUCUUCCAAAUAGAGAUAUAUUGCAUUCAAAACUAUCUGUCACAACUGUUUAAUGAGGGCUACCGCGUUUAAUUUCGCCGCUAGGGGCGCUAGUGUAGAUGGAGGUCUGUCAAAAUGUAAAAUGCAUAGAAGUUUUGGGGGUUUCAAGCUUUUUUAUCGGGGAUUUUCACUCCUUAUUCAUAAUUGUAGUAAAUCUUUGUCCAUAUUUGAUUAAUCAUAGUAAACAAUAGAUAUAGCUCAAUAAAUGUUAGUGGUUUAAAAAAAAAUGCCAAUUAAAAUAUAUGCAAACUUAAACAGGUUGAAAAAAUGGCACAUAUAGACGUUAAAAUACCUUUGUGUAUAUUAGAACGUAUUGAUUUUAUAAAAAUAAGCAUAGAAUAAUUUUGAAAUCCCUUUUUCUGGACCUACAUCUUCAGUGGCGCCAACUGGUGAGCACGAAAACGAUAGCCCUCAUUAUUCUACCUAUAGACAUUUCUCAUUUUGAUAAGUUAUAAGAGAAUGGUAGAUAGUUUUGACGCCUAGUCUGAUCUAUUACGUUUGAUGUUGACUGUACCUUUGGACUUUUGGGCUCGACUACUGUAUAUGUGACGUUCUCAGGUAAAAGGUACCACUUUGUUGUCUGUCAAUAAUUUACUUCUUUUAUAUUUUUAUCCAGACUUUUUGUCAACAUCAAAGUUCACCUUUUACCUGAACACAACACACGUUAAAUUAUAUACUUAAUUUAAGAGAAACUAGCAUACGAUCAGUGCAAAUAUUAUGAAUUUGUAAAUAUUUAGUUAAUUCUUAUUUGUAAUUACACCGAGUCGAUUCGUCUUAGAUGUUUUUAAAAAAAAUUGUAUAAACAAUACUUUAUCUAUUUGUUAAUGCUAGUUCUAAGUUUUUUAUUAUUUGUCUUAUAGUUUUAAAUAUUGCAUAUUACAAGAACUAAAUGGUAACAGCAUUUUUGCUUAUUUUAUUUAGAAUAAAAUACACCAAAAAUCGAGUCAAAUAUGUAUUUGUCAAUAUUGUUACAUAUCGUCAUUUAACAUUUCCGGUCUAGUUUAGUUUAUUUCACAUACAUUAGACCUAAUUGACUGGUAGAGAAUGCCUUUUGGCAUUAAGUCCGCCAUUUGUACAUUUCUCUUUGUUUGUGCAAUAAAAUUUAAAUAAAUAAAUAAAUUAGCUUUGGUAGGUUGAUCUUGUCAUUCUUGUCAUUCUCAACUUUUUAAAUGCCAAUAACAGUAUUUUAUUUUACACCUGCUUUUCCAUUCUGUAAAUGUUGUUAAAUCAAUGAACAUAAUGACAGUGUACACUGUACACGAUUACUUAGGUACUAUUAAGUUAUUUUGUAGUACGCACUGUGACGUGGAGAAUAGAAGGCAUUUAAAAAGUUAAUUAUAAUCUUUUUGAUUUUUGUAGCUCCGAUAAUCUACGUGUUAUAUUAUAUUGUACACGCAAGUAUGUAACUAAUGUAUUCUAGUCAGAAGUAUUUACUAGUGACUAGUAUUAAGUUCAUGUAGUUUAUAUUUAUUUCCUUUCGUUUCUUCAUCAGUUUAAGUAUAAGGAUGGAAUGGAAUUGAAGUAUUUUUAGUAAUUGUUCACACAUUAAGGUUGACUAUAGUUCUUGCUACCUACAACUUCACUUUCCAACAAAUUAUUCGUGUGAGUAGGUAUAAAAUACUUAUUUUCAACAUUUAUACACAAAAGUACUUUUUUUAUCGAAAUUAGUGUGACGAACAUCUGACGUCAAAAUCGAAUUAGAGGGUAGAUUCAUAAUAAUCAUUUUGGACUUACCCGCAAAGGGAUGUCAAAAUUAUACAAGCCUCUGUUUUUCUUGGAAGCCAACCCAUUUUAUUGAAAUCGUUGAAGCCGCUUUCAAGAACUCCUCCACUUAAUUAUACUUAUUGAAACAAUGCUCGUUAAAGGUCGGUUUAUAUUUACAGACACUGAGGGUGCCAGACACGUGCCGUGGCAGACAAAAUAAUAGUUUUCUAUACAAUGUGUCUGUCAGCGUCUGCGCGGUCAUGUAUUAACGACACUGUACAGAAGAACAUUAUUUUUCACCUCAGCAGCUCGAACAAGCCUUCUUUCGUCACACUUUCCUCACUCCAGGGAGAGAAACAAAGAAGCUUUUUAAUUUAGUGAAGGCCAUGAACUGACACUUCAUACUUUUUUUUGUCUGUAUUAUUAAAUACAUUUUAACCUUUAAUAUGUUCUCACUACUGAGGUGAAAAAUUAUGUGUGCAUCACGAGAGCAAAGUAAUUUUACAUCUCGUGUUUUUGAGACCCUCGCUACGCUCAAGAUUCUAACUUAGAAUAUUUCGCUUUCUCGGGACUCAAAAUAAACACUCGCAAGAUUAUUUCGUUUACUAGUGAAUUAGCUUUUCCCUGAGAAGAG